AUGUCCGGCUUUCAGCUCCCAGCGGGUCUUCGACCGUCCUCUGGUCCCUCCUCCGGUCCCUCGGGUGGUGGUGGUGGAGGAGGCGGAGGGCAGCAAUCAGAAGAACAAAGAGCGGAAGCGCAAGAUAGGCAGCAGCAACAGGCGGAGAUGAAGCGGAAUAUGAUUGCUGCGAUGUUGGAGUCUGCAGCUAGGGAGCGAUUAUCGAGAAUAUCCCUAACGAGACCGCAGCUCGCCACGCAGGUCGAGGACCUGCUUGUACGCAUGGGGCAACAGGGGCAGAUCAGGGGCCAAGUAUCGGAUGAGGCACUGAAGGGGUUGUUGGAGCAGGUGUCAAAUCCACCACAGGCCAAAGCGAGUACGGCGCCUACGUCGGCGAGGGUCAAGUCGCUCGGUGGGGGGAUUACAAUACAACGGAAAGGGCACGAUUCGGAUUCGGACGAGUAUGAUUUAUAG